GAAGACGCGGCGGGCGUGUCGGCAACGAGCAGGAUGUCCAUUCAGUACGAGGAGCCCGCGUUAACGGGGAGUUACGACGUGGUGGGGUCAUUUCCUAAAAGUUUCGGCUACGGGGUGGAGGAGCCCGACAUGGAGGAGAGCUGCGCGCCGGCUGACAAACCGCGGAUCCUGCUGAUGGGACUGCGGCGCAGCGGCAAGUCCUCCAUUCAGAAGGUUGUUUUCCACAAGAUGUCACCCAAUGAAACGUUGUUUCUCGAGAGCACCAACAAAAUCUACAAGGACGACAUCUCCAGCACCUCCUUCGUCAACUUUCAGAUCUGGGACUUUCCUGGCCAGGUGGACUUCUUUGACCCCUCGUUUGACAGCGAGAUGAUCUUCAGCGGGGCCGGCGCUUUGAUUUUUGUCAUCGAUGCUCAGGAUGACUAUGUCGAGGCCCUCGGGCGGUUACAUCUCACCAUAUCCAGAGCCUACAAAGUGAACCCAGACAUCAACUUUGAGGUGUUCAUCCAUAAAGUAGACGGCCUGUCUGACGACCACAAAAUAGAGACACAGAGAGACAUUCAUCGGAGGGCCAACGAUGAUCUGGCAGACGCCAGCCUGGAGAAGCUUCACCUCAGCUUCUACCUAACCAGCAUCUACGACCACUCCAUAUUUGAGGCCUUUAGCAAAGUCGUCCAGAAGCUCAUCCCUCAGUUACCGACGUUGGAGAACCUGUUGAACAUUUUCAUAUCGCACUCUGGGAUCGAGAAAGCCUUCCUGUUUGAUGUUGUUAGCAAGAUUUACAUCGCCACAGACAGCUCUCCUGUGGACAUGCAGUCCUACGAGCUCUGCUGCGAUAUGAUCGACGUUGUCAUCGACGUCUCCUGCAUUUACGGGCUGAUGGAGGAUGGCAGUGGCUGUGCCUACGACAGCGGGUCCAUGGCGAUCAUCCGGCUCAACAACACCACAGUGCUUUAUUUGAAGGAGGUCACAAAGUUCCUCGCUCUCGUCUGCAUCCUCAGAGAAGAGGGCUUUGAGAGGAAAGGUUUGAUCGAGUACAACUUCCAUUGUUUCCGGAAAGCCAUCCACGAGGUGUUUGAAGUUGGCGCCCCGCCUCAAGACGUGCGCUCCUCCAGGAACCACCCGAUGGGCCUUAAGUACGCCGCGGUGAAUGGCAGCGGCGUCUAAAAGGCAGCAGGCGGACCUGGAGAGCAGCGAGGCCACAUGAAAGCACACAGGCCUCCUGUCAAGCACACGCCGCCUUACUGCGUGCAACUGAUUGUGAUUCAGUACGAACUGAUGGACUGUGCUGACUAUUUGUUCCUCCGCUCUGCACAUUUAUCACUACUGGCCGAUUGCUUCUGUGUACUUUACGCCUGAGAGGCUUCUGAUCCAGUUAAAGCACUCACCGUGUUCAUCACAAAAAAAAACACAAAGCUCAGGCUGAAUGUCCACAAACUUAAAUGAACAGUAUGAACUUCUUUCAUGUCCCUGCUCAUUUAACUUUAGAGAUUUGGCUUUAGUAGGUGGAUCUAAUGGCCAGUAAGAGGAAGAAAGCAUAGUGUUUGUUCCAUUUUGUGUUAUUUGUUGAUAAUGAAUCAUUUGACCAGCGGCUGGCGCUCUGCUCAGCAUCCCUGUCAGACCAGUACUGUACCAGUUAAACCAUUAGAGCCCUGGUUUGUUACCAGCAUGUUGGACCCGAUGCAGCCUGCAAAUUACAAAUGAUGCUUUUCACUCGUACAAACCUGCCACAACUGAUGAGCCCCGAAUUCUUGUACGUUGUGAUGAGCGUUUUGACCAGAUUUACUCCACGGGGAUUCAGUUUGUUGCGUUUAAUUUCGCUUUUUGAUGCAAGCGAUUACUAAUAUUUCAGAGAUUUGUAAUUAAUGUACAUCAUUUUUUGAUAAUUUAUGUCUAUUUUUCAAACUUAUAAACUCUUUUGCUCAUAA